AUGGCAAGCCCAUGGUCAAAGGUGGAGGAAGAAAGACAGGAGUCGGUUGCGGCGGCGUUCCUUCAUGCCUGGAACGCCUACAAGGUGCACUGCUGGGGCAAGGACGAGCUUAGACCAGUCUCCAAGACCUGCAGCAAUGACUUCGGAGGUUUGGGCGUACAAAUCAUCGAUGCCCUGGAUUCCUUGUGGCUGCUGGGGCUACAGGAG